AACAGAAUUUAUGAAGAAAAGUGAAGGCGGAACCAAAGAACCGCCGGAAUAUGGAGGAGGCGAAGGCGGAACAAAAGAACCCCCGGCAGAAUAAGCGGCGGCGGCGCCCAGAAUCCGACGCCACUCCCUUCGCAAUAAUUCUCGCGGCUAUUUCCCGAAGUAAUAACUCCGAAGAUCAAAAUUACUCUCUCAUUCACCGAUGCUUGAGGAAAUUCCAUCGCUCUCUUCCGCAUAACCUCUCCGCACCAAUCCUCUCCCUGAUUCCCUUCCUUUUAAGCUCCAGAAAUGAUGAAGUUGCAUGCAAAAGUGCGGAGAUUGUUGGAGCUUUAACAUUGAUAUCCUUUGAGAUGAAUGAAAAGAUUGCUUCUGAAGGGGAGAUUGUGAAGGGAUUGGUUACUUUGUUGAGAAGUUCUAAUAAUGUCAGAUCAAUGGCUUCUUGUAACUCUAUUCUGGAUCUUUCUACCACGUCGAUAGGACGAAAAUGGCUCGUGGAGUUUUUUGCUAUUGAAAAUCUAAUGUCCCCAAAUCAUAUACUCCUGUGGUGUCUCUGCUUGCAGAUGCAAAAUAUACUGAAACCUGUCCCACAAUUGUUUUCAAGCACAAUGGAUUAUCAAUAUUGCUUGUGAAUGCUAUCAUAAUUCUCGUCAACUCGUGCACAAUUGAACAGCUGCAUAAGAUUCCAACAAUACUAUCUAGGCCUUUACUGUUGCAUUUGAAAAGGAUGUGGGAAGAAGUGCAUCAACAUAUGCUUUAUGGCAUUUCUGAGAAUUCCACACAAGAAGAAGCUUCUUACAUAAGCAAUAUCAGAACUAACAAUUUGGCUGAAAGUGUCUUCAGGCUCUCCAUUGAUGUUGUUCCAUGCAGAGGACCUUCAAUUGGGAUUUUCGAUGCAGAAGAUAUUAACUUUGAAGAUUUUGUGUUGAAGAAUUGGGAAUCAUUACCUUUUCUGGUAAGAAACUCUAAGCUGCAAAAUUUGUUCAGUUCUUUUAUAGACUUUGACAGACUACGGAAGUCGGACCCUUCCUUUCUAUCUUCAAUGCUAAGGGGGCUCAUUCAUUGUCCACCUAUUCCUUCAGAUGAACUUGACAUUCUUCAUUUCUUAAACGAUGUAAGUAAUAGUUUAGGCUGUCCUAUUGUUCACCAAGAGGAUAUUCGGGUUGUCAAAACACUUGAUUCAGAAUCUGAGCUGCACUAUUUCCAAACACAACUAGAUGAUGGCAACUAUGAAUUUCCCAACGUCUUCCGGAGUGCUGAAAUCCUAAAGUGUGAGCAAGCAUACAAGGAGUAUACAAUUGCUUUGCGUGGCAUAGGAUUUCGAUCUCCUGGCAUUGCUUCUGUUGCAGAUGAUGUGGCAUCUAUAUUUGGUCAGCCUUCAAUAGGGGUAAACAUGUACUUGACACCUCCGCAUAGUCAGGGGUUAGCUUGUCACAGUGAUGAUCAUUGUGUCUUUAUCUGCCAACUCGUUGGGGCCAAAAGGUGGAAUAUUUUUCACCCGUCCAAUAAUCACUUGCCUCGCUUGUAUGAAUCUAUUGAGAAGAGGGAAAGGUCUACAAUGGAUCAAUGCAAAGAAAUUUUGCUGAAAGAGGGCGAUAUUUUAUAUAUUCCCAGAGGGUACCCUCACGAAGCGCAUACUUUCGGUGAUGCAAGCACUGGGUUUUCCUUGCAUCUAACUCUUUCCAUUGAAGUUGAACCCCCAUUUGAGUGGGAAGGCUUCGCUCAUGUUGCCUUCUACCAUUGGUGUAGAAGGCAAAGGAUGAGUGAUUAUAUACUUGCAGAUUCAGAAUCUCUGGUUUUGCAUAAUACAUCAGAAAUCCUGAUUCAAACUGCAGUGAAACUUUUAGGUGAUAGUGACCCAACAUUCCGAAAGGCUUGUUUGGUUGGUGCACUCUCCCGUGCAUCUGAACAUUCUCAAUGGCUCCUCAUCAACCAGAAGGAGAUUUUCAGCUACGUGAUCAGUAAAAUAAGGAGCGAGUCAAGAUUUUUCAAUGUCUUGAAGCAUGUUGAAGCAGCCGUUCAGAAACAAGAAGAUCCCUUCUCUCAUUUCAAAUGGCUGCGGCAUUUACCAAGGGGGGAGGAACACGAAUCGGACAUCACUAGUAUCCAUUUAGCAGAUGCAAAUGAUGUUUUCAAAGAGAUUAUUAGCCGGAAUAGAGACGAAGCAGAAGCUGUUUUUGACCAGGUAAAAUCAAACUUCUGCAGCGGAGUAGUGUUUGAGGAUGUGCAGCCAAUCUAUGUCGCCCUGCUCGGCAAGUAUAGGGAGGCGCGGAGUCAAUAUACUAACGGAAUGCUUGCUCUACAUUGCAAUGACAACAAAGAAUGAUGCACCAUUUUUUGCUGAAAUGACCAAAUUUAAGGUAAAUGACUCCUUUACCUUCUUUCUUAAAUACUAUGGAGCAUUUUCUACAGAGUAUACUUUAUCUCAAAAAUGUAUUUCUGUAUUUUAGAUGCUUUACCUCAUUUGAUGAAUUUAGUCUGUUCAAACAUUCCCAAUUCUUAACAAUUAG